UUUGCUGAACAAUGUCUACUCGGAAUUCGAUAAGAUGUUCGGCCUUUACGAUACGUACAAAGUGGAAACGAUAAACGAUUCAUACAUGGUGGCCAGCGGAGUGCCGACACCCAACGGCACACAGCAUGCCAUGGAGCUGUGCCUGUUAGCGCUACAGCUGUUGUCAUCAGCCCGAACGUGUCUUUCGUCUGACCGGCUCAGUGCUAGAAUUGGAAUCAAUUCCGGCCCGAUCGUAGCGGGUGUUAUUGGCAGCAAAAUGCCUCGAUAUUGCUUGUUUGGUGAUACUGUGAAUACCGCCAGUCGCAUGGAAACACAUGGCGAAGCAGGAAGAGCCCAUGUUAGCGAGUCCGUUGAACGCCUUGCCGGCGGUACACAGAAAUUCCGGUUCGUGCUUCGGGGAACGCUCAAUAUAAAGGGCAAGGGCGACAUGAAAACGUAUUGGUUGCAUGCAGUUAGCGAUACAAUGCCCUUGUAACGCAACAUCCAAAUAACAGCAUUCUUUGAGCUGGAGACAUGAUGUGUAGUUU